AUGGCCACCUUCGGUCCCGACGAUGUGAAGGUGUUCAGCGAGGCGCCUUCCCUCUUUGUGUACGAGCAUGCUGGGGAUGGAGACUCAAUCGUCGAAUCCCAGGCCAUUGUCCUGCUAAAAAGAGAACAUGGUCUCCUGCUACUGCUGCCUGCGGGGGCCAUCCCCGAGGAGGAGUUGGUCCAGGGAGUUUUGGCCCCAGUGCCCGACUUACUGGGCCCUUCUCGGGUAAAAGAGGUUGGUGCUGUGCGCCUGGUUGGUUCAGAGGUGGUUCCUGUUGCAGAUAUGGUGCUCACGGCAUUGCUUGUGGACUUCUCAACUGCGGUUCUUGCCAAGCUUUACGCCGUCAACCAGGCCGAAGAUCCCGAGUUGCUCCUUUCCUUCUGCCCGGAUCAGCCCGACUUGAUCCCAGACCCUUCCGUUGCUUUGCAGGUCGCCCUGGAGUGGGCACAGCAACCACAGGAGGAGGUAGGCGAAAGGUUGGCGUUCUACUCUGCAGACGAGCUCCCUCCACCUGUCAGGAAGCGCCCCGUGCUCAGGCUGAGCAGGGAAGAUCCUCUGCAGCGGGCCGCCGGCUUGGAUACCGCUACCGCAAAGUCUGCAAACCCUGUUGUGGCAAAACCGAAGCGACCCACCACGGCGCUGCUCGCCCAGCAGCUUCAGCAGAUCACGGCAGUGAUCCCGGGGCUGGCUGCUCAGGUCGAGGAGCUAGCAAAGGCGCAGGCAGCCUUACAACAGCAGCAACUGCUGCAGCCUUCGCCCCCUCCAGUUGCCGGGCCUGGUUCCACUGUGGCUCAGCUUGCGGCGCCGCUGGGGCUAGGAGCUUCCCCAAAGUUCCUCCCGGCCGCAGGGCUUGGUGGGCUAAUCGGUCCUCCCCCGGGGCGUCGUCCAACUGCAGCCCCGCCGCACACCCUCAUGACAUUCCCAGAACAGGAGUGCGAGGAGGCUGCCGAGAACCUAGCCAAUCCCCAGAGCUCCGAGUCACCCUUGGCUCAGGCGGUGCUGGCGCAGUCCCAAGCACUCACAGCUCUGGUUGCACAGCCGUCCACAGGAGACACCGCGGAUCUCAGCCUGCCCGGAGCAUCAGUGGGGGCUCGAGGGGCAAACCAACGAGCAAAGCUGCAGGAGGAGCUCGCCAGCAACAAAGGCGUCUUCUACCACGCUGUCCUCCAAAACAUGGCCCGCCGCAUGUCCCCUGCCAGCAGCCACUCUUCCGAUCCGGCCGAGCUCUUGAGCCACGGAGUCUGUCUUACGAGGUAUUGGGAGAGAUUCGGAGGAUUCCACCGCGCAAAGGACCUAGGUAUUCUGGCUUUCCAGGUUGCAAAUGCCUUGGACGCGAUGCAGGCUGGAAAGACUGCCCAGGCGGCAGACCACCUGGCCCUCCUGGCCGUUUGUUUGGAACAGGGUGCUCUAGACGGUGGUCGGCUCGACCUAGGGUUUCAGCUGACCUUUCUGGAAGAACCGCCGGCCGCCCUCUUCUCGGACAGAGCUCUUCAAACGGGGAUUCAGGCAAGAGCGUUCGCGCCGCUGGCUGCUCAACGAUGGGUGGCCGUUGUCCUUGCUUACAUGAAGGAGCUCGAGGUGGUUGGUCCGCGCCAGGACUCCAUUCUCGGCUUUCCUGGCCUUUUCUUUCCGUUCUCCGCACAGCUGCUGCGGCACUGCCCCAGCUUCCGCUAUCUUUCCACUGCCGGAGCAGAUGCUUCUGGUACCUGGCAGGCCGGCCACGGACUUCCCAGCCCACCUCCGAAGGUUGUGAGUUCUGGCCUCGCUACUGCUGACAUAGUGAGGAUCAGUGGCAGGGGAAACUGGGACGCAAAGCUGUGGCUAGAUGGCGUAUUAUGGCUGCCGUACCAAGAACCCAAGAUACUGCAACAUGGCCUUGACCCCACUUGGGCAGAUCUUCCGGACGUUAGUCUUGAGAGUCCCACAGAGAACCAUCGACUGGCUCUCCUCUGGUCCACACAGAACAUUUUGCACCUCAAGCGGGGCCCGCCCAACUUGCGCACUGCUUGCCGCGUUUUCAACGCAUUCAAGGAUGAUUCCAGGGACAGGAGAGGGCGUGUUCACCUGGGUUUUUCCUUCUCGCCCGAGUCCUUUGAUGCCGAGGGUUCCAGCUCUGUGGAUUCGCCUCAUGACGCGAGCUAUGCCGAACAGGCCCACUCACUUCUCACUUGUGGGCUUGAGGGCCACCGCCUCGCCAGCUGCGACGUCGCUUCCCACAACAAGAGAAAAGGCGUCCUCGUGCCCUCGGAGGUCACUCCAUGCUUCAUGUCUCUUUUCCAAGGCGACCAUUUAGGCGUGGAGUACGCCCUCGAGGCUCACUCCCAACUCCUUUCCUUCUAUGGCGCUUUGCCUGAUGGACAGCGGCUUCUCGGAGGAUGUCCUGCUCCCUUGUCUGACACCUGGGCUGCUCUUGUCAUCGACGAUUUUGUCAGCCUCUCUGUGGUGCCAGCUGCUACUAAAGCUGAGGAGACCCAAGCCGCUGCGCUCCAUCGAGCCGCGAUCUGCGCGUAUAAAGCUGAGGAGGUCAUGGGAUCUCCCGAAAAAGACGUCAUUGGCGCCACCAAUUUCAAAGCAAUCGGAGCCGAAGUUAUCUCUGGAGACGCUGCCGUAAGAAAUGGCCUUGUGACGGCUGCUGCCCCUGAGUCGGCGCUUACCUCUUGCUGUCCUCUGUUUGCGUGCGGCCAGGUCUUUGAGCCUGUUGCCAAGACCACCGCCUGCCCAUCUGACAUGAAGAGGCCUAUUGGCCUCUCCCGGCGCACUGCCCAAGAGCUUGCCUUAUGUGGAGCCCUCAUGCCGCUCUUCGCUUCCGACCUUUGUGCCGAGCACUCUGAGUCUCUCUACGCCACUGAUGCCUCACUUGGCCGGGGUGCGAUAUGCAAGACUACCAUCCCUCGAGACCUUAGUCGAAGCCUUUGGUUGAGUAGCGAUAGGAAGGGGGGCUACAGCCGUCUUGACUUCUCUGCGCGGGCAAAUUGCCGGGCAGCUGGCAUCCCUCUCUCCGACGAGGAUUGUGAGGCCCAUCUUGAUCCUGAGGACAUUCCCAGAGCACCUGAGUUCAUCCUUGACCUCAUCGAGAUAUGUGGAGGAUCCGCUGUCGUCUCAAAGGAGGCCUCCGAGCUUGGGCUUGUUGUUGGGCCUCCCAUAGACAUCUCUGAGAGCCCACAUUUUGACAUCCUCGAUGCAUCUUUCGGAGUCUGGCUUGGCUCUAUGCUUGCUUCGGGUAGAGCUAGGUCGCUCUUUCUUUCCCCUCCUUGCGCCACCUUCAGCCCUGCUGCUUACCCCAAACUGGGCACUCCUGCGAAAUCUGAAAGAAUCAGCCGAGGGCAGUCUAGGAUCAAGAUCGGGAGCGCGCUUGCUCAACGAUGCCUAGCUUUCUUCUGCAUCGCCUGGUACUGGGACGUCCCCACGCUCUUCGUGACGCCAAGACUGUCAAGGCUUGCCUGGACAAGAUGGUGGAAGGCCGUCGCAGGUCGCAAUGGAGUCGAGGAGUGGCAUCUUGCUAGUUGCAGGUAUGGGAGUCCCCACCGAAAGGAGUUCCGAUUCCUUGGCUUCGGAAUCCCAAAGCACCGGCUUGAGCUAAAGUGCAAGGGGGGUCACCCUCACGCAGGGCUCCAAAAGGCCGCCAGUCAAGGCUCCGCUGCCUUUUGCCCUGGUCUUGCGUACCAGAUUGCAAAAACUCUUGCUGAGGCAAUUGGUGCCCCUCAGCAGCGUGAACGCCCUGGCAUUGAAAACAUCAUUAUCAAUGACUGCCUUUGUGCGGCAAAAUGGGAGGUCACAACCGUCAUACCCUGGCGUUCCUCUAGCCACAUCAACGUGUUGGAGCUAGCUUCGCUUGUUGCUCUGUUGCGAAACAUCGCGCGGGAGGAGCCUGACGCACGAGUCACGGCGCUCUCCGACUCUUCUGUCGCAAAGAGUGCCCUGGCAAAAGGUCGAUCGACCUCGAGGGCGCUCACUCCUGCCCUUCAGCGGGCUGCCGCGCUCCAGCUCGCUUUUGGUUUAUACUUAGCCAUAGGGUUUGCUCCUACAAGACUGAAUACUGCAGAUGCUCCCACUCGCUUCAGGGAGCUCCCCGAGAGAGCAGCUGUUGCGAUUCACAAAGCUUUCACUGUCGAUCAGUGCCACGCGCUUGCUGUCCUGAAGCUCUCGAGGCCCCUUGCCUCCUGGGCUCGGAUCUUCAUCGUGGUCACAUGCGUCCAACGUUGUGGUGCUCUGUCAGCUGCUGCCUUCCCUGUCGCCUCCGAGGGCUCAUCUCCUUCUUCCCCUUUUGAGCCUUGCGACGGGGAGAUCGCCCGUCCCUCUGUCCACUGCGGCCUCCUGCUCAUCUGCGCUGCUGCUGUUGUGCUCUCUUGCUGCCUGCCUCUUCUCGGCUGGUUCGCGAGCCGCGGGCCGCCGUUUUCUGAAGCGUGCAGGGAGUCUAAUCGCAGGCCUGCGUGCGGGGCCGGGCGUCACCUCUGUAGCCGUCUCCAAGUUGCCAAGCCUUUCUACCCUCGCCGUUCUUUCUCCAGGAGCCCCUCCCCUCGCCUACUCUCUUCUACCUUCCUUUCUCUCUUGAGUCUCUGUCUCACUGGUUCGGCUUCGUUGUUCGGUGCUGGUUUCGUUGUUAGGGUUGUAGUCCUUAGCAGCCUCGCCCGAGCCAUGGCCACACCAGCACCUGCGACACCUGCUGACGCCCGCAGAGCUGAGAGAAGGGGGCCCAUCACGCUCGUUGCUGACCGGAUUGUUCGACCAGUCACCCGCGAGAAUCGCGCUAAGCUUGCCCAUGCAUUUGAUACUUGGCUGAUCAGGAAUGAGCGUACAUCUCUUUCAUACCUGCUGGAUCUGCCCCUAGGCAAGGCUGAAGCUGUCGCUGCCGCAUUGGUCAAGUAUGGCCAGUACAUGUUCAAGUCAGGAGUCGCCUAUGGAAAAUUCUCUGAGACGAUCAAUGCCGUAGCAUCUUUGCGACCCAGUCUGCGGCGGAACUUAUCUGCCGCUUGGGACUUGGCUUUUGCCUGGCAGGCCGAGGAGCCACAUGAGCAUCAUAAGGCCAUGCCCAAAGGUAUCCUCCUGGCGAUUCUCGCUACAGCACUAGCGUGGGGCUGGCUUAGGGAAGCUGCAGCUCUGGCCUUAGGGUGGACUGGACUGCUACGAGCAGGCGAGAUCAUUGGAGCGCUUCGCUCCGAUCUCAUCCUGCCUGAGGACUGCGGCCCGGGAGUUGAAUAUGGCAUCCUACAGAUUCGUUCCCCAAAAACUCGAGGACGGGCUGCCAGACACCAGGCUGUAAAGUUGGACCCCGCUGACGUCCUGAAGCUUCUUUCUUUGGCCUUUGGAAAACUACUGACAGUCGGCUCUGGCCUUUUUCAGCUGGUACCCUUCGUCGACGGCUUUGUCUUCUUCAACAACGCCUUGGGCUUGUGCGCCAGGGAAAGGUCGUCUUCGAGCUCUCGUCGUUGCGCCCAGGUGGCGCAACCUUUCUGCUACACUUGA